CCGAAGCCAGCGGGAAAAAAAGGCGGUGCUUUUGUGCCUCGGUACCGGUCGACGCUCGCAACAAUGGUUGAUAUGUCCGAUAUGAAGGAUGGUGCUUUACGUGAAAUCGUUAUGGAUGAGAGUGUCUUCGGUAUUGAAUUCAAGUCACUUAUUACAAUUGAUGACUUGGAGGAGAUUUUUAAGCAUGAUCAACUAGGCGUCACUAACAUGCACUCAUACAUCCGGUUGUUGUAUGACAGAGUGUUGCGCGGGACUCCGUUGUCUAACAGAUUCCGUUUCGUGUCUUCCGCCCACUGCAGCGGAAUGGCAAUUGCUUCGGAACGGGAAUCAGUUAGACAGCGAUUAGUCGAUAGAUUCAUGUCCACCGGCAAUACAGAAUGUCUGCAUCUUUGGGCGUAUAAUACCCGACCAGUAGGAGCACACUGGUUGCUGCUUGCUAUCAACCCUAUAAGGGAAGUCGUGUAUUAUCUGAAUUCGGUAAAUGGUGAAUGGACCAAUUAUCCGGCCAUGAAGGACAUCGUUGAUUUAUCAAUACAAGUGUUCCGAAGUCAACGGGACGCACAGGUAUCCCGAACUAAAUCUAACAACAUUACUUGGAUCCAAGUGCAGUGUCCGCAACAGCGAAACAGUUACGAUUGCGGAUACUUUGUAUUGAGGUUUAUGAAAGAAAUCCUUCAGGCAAAUCAAUUAGAGAUUCCGCUCACGUACCUUGACGAAUUCCGUGCCGCUGGAUACCCGAAACUUAAGUUGGAAGAAAUAAAAGAGGAUUUGUGUCAUUUUUAUAUUAAGAGCUUUUUCAUGUAGGAUUUGUGUCGAAUUGAACUAUAAUAUUAUUGAUGUUGUAAUGAUGUAUAUAUAUAA